CAUGACCAAGACAGUCGAGGUCGACGGCAAGCCGACAACGGACUUUGUCGAGGUCGCGACGCCCAAGGCGACCGCGGCCACCACGGACGCAUCGCCCGAGGCAGCCAAGGCGGCCAAGAUGGUCUCGCUCGCCAAGCUCUUUACGUUUGCCGACACGACGGACAAGGUGCUCAUGGCCGUCGGCACGGUUGCCGCCAUGUUCACGGGCGUCUCGCAGCCGAUCCAGAUCAUCUUUUUUGGCGACAUCCUUAACGCGUUCAACCCGGCGCAGGUGACGUCGCUCAGCGCCGACGACCUCCGCACGAGCAUCAACAAGGUCGUGGUCCAGUUUGUCUGGCUCGGCGCCCUCGUGCUUCUCUGUGGCUUUGCGCAAAUUGCGUGCUGGUCGAUUGCAGCGUCGCGCCAGGCCAAGCGCCUCCGCCACGCGUACGCGUCGGCCAUUCUGCGCCAAGAGGUCGGCUGGUUUGACGUCAACGAGCCCAUGCAGCUCGCGACCCGCGUCGCCGACACGACGCUCAUCAUCCAAGAAGGCAUGGGCCGCAAGGUCGGCGACGGUAUCAACUUUACGACCAUGGCGCUCUCGGGCUUCAUCAUCGCCUUCUGCUACGGCUGGGAGCUCGCGCUCGUCCUCUUUGCGUUCACGCCGCUCAUCGCAGCGAGCGGCUACUUUAUGAUCAAGGCGAUCUCGUCCGCGACCCAAGGCGGCAUCGAGUCGUACGCCGAGGCCGGUGGCGUCGCUGAAGAGUCGCUGAGCAACAUCCGCACCGUGCACAUGUUCAACGCGAUGAGCCGCAUGGCCGACAAGUACACGGCCGCUUUGCGCAAGACGGAGAUUGCCGGCGUCAAGAAGGGUCUCGCGGUCGGUCUCGGGACCGGUGGCAUGUUCUUCACCGUCUUUUGCACGUACGCCGUCGGUAUGUACUACGGCGCGGUCCGCGUCAGCACCGACCAGAUCACCGACAAGUGCAUCGGCAGCGCCUGCUACGACGGCGGCCGCGUCAUCAUCGUCUUCUUCUCCGUCGUCAUGAGCUCCAUGGCGCUCGGCCAGGCCGGUCCUGGUGCGCAAGCCAUCUUUGCGGCCCGCGCGGCAGCAUACAGCGUCUUUGAGCUCAUUGAGCGCGAGUCCAAGAUCGACGCGAGUGCGUCGACGGGCAAGACCUUACCGACCGUCCAAGGCGAGAUCGUUCUCUCCAACAUUGCGUUUGCGUACCCGUCGCGGCCCAACGUCCAAGUGUGCGCUGGCUAUUCGUUGCACAUUCCGGCGGGCCAAAAGAUUGCGCUCGUCGGUGCCAGCGGCAGCGGCAAGAGCACGAUCGUGUCGCUCCUCGAGCGCUUCUACGACCCGCUCUCGGGCACGGUGACGCUCGACGGCCACAACAUCAAGGACCUCAACCUCAAGUGGCUUCGGUCGCAGAUCGGUCUCGUGGGCCAGGAGCCGUGCCUCUUCCAAGACUCGAUCGCCAACAACAUUCGUCACGGCAAGCCGGGUGCGACGCUCGAAGAGGUGUUUGCGGCCGCCAAGCAAGCCAACGCGUACGACUUUAUCAUGGGGUUCCCGGACGGCUUUGACACUGAAGUCGGCGACCGCGGUGCGCAACUCUCGGGUGGUCAGAAACAACGCAUUGCGAUUGCCCGCGCGAUCAUCAAGAACCCCAGCAUUCUGAUCCUGGACGAAGCGACGUCGGCGCUCGACACGGAGAGCGAGCACAUCGUGCAGGCAUCCCUCGAUCACCUCGUCGCGUCCGGCAACCGGACAACGAUCAUCAUUGCGCACCGCCUCUCGACGAUCCGCAACGCCGACCGGAUUGCCGUGCUCGAAGCUGGCAACGUUGUCGAAGAAGGCACGCACGAUGCGCUUCUGCAGCUGCCGCACGGUCUCUACAAGACGCUUGUCGAGGCACAGACGAAGAAGGCGCCGACCGACGCAGAUGCAUCGUCGCCAGCGGUCGUCGGCCGCAACCGCCUGACCAAUCAACAAUCGUCCAAGGACGCUCAUGCUGCCGACGCCAUCUCGGUCGCCGCGUCGACAACGACCGACGCUGACGAGGCCACGCCCGUACCAUUAUCGCGCGUCUGGAGCCUCAGCAAGCCCGAGACGUGGAACCUUGUGUUGGGUGCUAUCGGUGCGAUCCUCAACGGCGGCGUCUUUCCCGUCUGGGGCGUGCUCUUGACCAAGUGCACGGUCCUCUUCUUUAAGCUCGACCUCGGCGUGGACGAGAUGCGGCACCAGGCGUCGCUCUGGGCCGGUGGGUUUGUCGGUGUCGGCGUCGUCUUCUUCGUCUCGCUCGUGCUCCAAAACCACCAGUUUGCGAUCGCUUGCGAGCGCCUUACGUCGCGCAUCCGCGGCAUGUGCUUUGAGGCGAUGCUGCGCCAAGACAUUGGCUGGUUUGACGACGAGAAGCACUCGUCAGGCUCGCUCACCACGCGCCUCGCAACCGACUCGGCCGCCAUCCGCACCAUGACGGCCGAGACGCUCAACGCGAUGUUAGUCAACAUCGCGUCGCUCUCGGUGGCGUUUGCGAUCGCGUUCUCGCAGAGCUGGCAAAUGACACUGGCGCUCCUCGGCAUCUUUCCCGUGCUCGCGGCUGCCAACUAUGUCCAGAUGCAAACCAUGACGGGCGACACCAACAAGAACGUCAACGACGGCGACAUCCGUGCCGGCGCACUCCUCUCGGAAGCCAUCAACUCGAUCCGGACCAUCGCGUCGUUCAACCUCGAAGACGAGACCAAUGCCCACUACCACACGUACUUGCAGCAGUCGUCGACCACCGAUCGCAAGGUGGGCCUCAUCUCCGGCGUUGGCUUUGGCGUCUCGCAGGCAGCCAUGUUCUUUGCGAUGGCGUUCCUCUUUUGGUUUGGCGGCUGGCUCAUCCUGCGUCGCGACUUGACGUUUGAAGAGAUGUUUCUCGUGCUGAACCCGAUCCUCGUGAGCUCCAUGUCGGUGGGCAUGGCGGCGCAAGCCAUGGGCGAUGUCGGCAAGGCCAAGAAGGCAGUCCGCAGCAUCUUUGGCAUCAUCGACCGCGUCCCGUCCAUCGACUGCUCGGCGUCCAACGGCCUUGUGCUCGACGACGUCAAGGGCGAGCUCGAAUUGCGCCACGUCGCCUUUGCGUACCCGUCGCGGCCCGACUCGCAGAUCUACAAGAACUACAGUCUGACGAUCCACGCUGGCCAGACGCUCGCACUUGUCGGCGGCUCGGGCUCGGGCAAGAGUACGGCGAUUGGUCUUCUCGAGCGCUUUUACGACCCGGCAUCCGGCGCCGUCUUCCUCGAUGGCCACGACCUCCGGUCGCUCAACGUGCAGUCGCUCCGCAGCCACAUCUCGAUCGUGUCGCAGGAGCCCGUGCUGUUUGCGGGCACGAUCGCUGACAACAUCGCGACGGGCAAGCCGAAUGCGACCAAGGCCGAGAUCGAAGACGCCGCCAAGAAGGCCAACGCGCACGACUUUAUCAUGCGCUUUCCCAACGGGUACGAGACCACGGUCGGAGACCGUGGCGUGCAAGUGUCGGGCGGCCAGAAGCAGCGCAUUGCGAUCGCGCGCGCCAUCAUCCGCGACCCGGCCGUGCUCUUGCUGGACGAAGCCACGUCGGCGCUCGACACGGAGAGCGAGCGCAUCGUGCAAGAGUCGCUGGACCGUCUCCUCAAGCAGAAGCGGCGCACGACCGUGAUCGUGGCUCACCGCUUGUCGACGAUCCGCAACGCCGACAUGAUUGCAGUCGUCAACGACGGCAAGGUGUGCGAGCUCGGCACGCACGACGAGCUGGUGAACCUCCCGAACGGUCUCUACGCCAACUUGGUCGCGCGUCAGAUGCAGCAUUAA